AUGUCCAUCUCAAAUGAAGCCUUGCAGAAGCUCGUCCGAGAGAUCGAGACACAGGCCCUAGUGGCCCAGCAGCAGAUCUCCCUUGUUCGGACGCAACAGGCGUCCAAGCAGAGAGAGAUGCGCAUGGCGCAAUUGACGCGCACCGAGAUCUCUUCCCUGCCGCCGGACACGGGUAUCUACGAAGGUGUUGGGAAAAUGUUCGUGUCUUUGCCCAUGUCAGCCCUUGGGGAGAAACUUGAAACGCAGAUCAAGGAGACACAGAAGGAAGUCGAGGGACUUGGCAAGAAGCUCCAAUCCCUGGAGCUCACACAGAAGAACAGCAAGGAGCAUAUCGAUCGCAUGUUGAGGGGAGGAGCGGGCGCCUCGUGA